AUGGCCUGGAGUUUACGUGGGAGAGUCCAGCUUGGGGGACUGCUCCUUUCUCUCCUUGGCUGGGUCUGCUCCUGUGUCACCACUAUCCUGCCCCAGUGGAAGACUCUCAAUCUGGAAUUGAACGAAAUGGAGACCUGGAUUAUGGGGCUUUGGGAGGCCUGCGUGAAUCAGGAAGAAGUUGGCACUGUGUGCAAAGCCUUUGAGUCCUUCUUGUCUCUGCCCCAGGAGCUCCAGGUAUCUCGCAUCCUCAUGGUAGCCUCCCAUGGGCUGGGACUGUUGGGCCUUCUGCUUUCUGGCUGUGGGUCUGAAUGCUUCCAGUUUCACAGGAUCCAAUUCAAGAGGCAGCUCUGCCUCUUGGGAGGGUCAUUGGAAGCAUCAGCUUCAGCCACUACCCUCUUUCCCGUCUCCUGGGUGGCCUAUGCCACAGUCCGAGACUUCUGGGAUGACAGCAUCCCUGAGAUUGUACCACGGUGGGAGUUUGGAGAUGCCCUCUACCUGGGCUGGGCUGCUGGUACUUUCCUGGCUUUUGGUGGAUUACUCCUCAUCUUCUCUGUGUGCCUGGGAAAAGAAGAUGUGCCUUCUCCCUGGAUGGCCCAUCCCACAGCCCCACCAUCCUGUACUCUCCCAGAGGAAUUUGAUGGCUCCUUCCACCUCACCCCAAGACCUACGAGCCUGCUCAUCUAG